CCUAGUUCAAUCUCAUUCCCCUUUCUCUCACUUUCUCUCAUUCCUCCUCCUUCACCACUCCGCUCCUCCUCGUCCUCCUCCUCCCUUCCUCCGUCCCCCCUCCAUACCAAUUCAUAUAUAAGAAGCCAUGUUGGUACUUCCCGGAACACAGGCCCUGUCGCCUUUCAAGGCCCAUGCCCUUCUGCAGCAGGUCCAGGCAGCUGUUCCCUCGGUCCAGACCGUCUCCACACGCGCUGUCCACUUUGUACAGCCCAAGGCAGAACUGGACCAGACCACCCUAGUCGAGUUCUUGACCAACUACGCUACGCCCGAGAGAAAGAUCCUCGAUACCAUGUUUUCUUCACCAUCUUCUACUCAUCUUGAGGAUGAUCAAGAGCUAGUCAAGCUGAUCUCUCAGCACGACAAUACAGGCGCGACGAGCACAGAGGAAGGGUUCAACUUUUUCAUUGUCCUCCCCCGUGCGGGUACGAUCUCCCCAUGGUCGUCCAAGGCGACGAACAUUGCGCAGAUGUGCAAUCUGGACCGUCAUGUGCAGCGUGUCGAGCGUGGUCAGGCAUAUCUGAUCAGGACAAAGGAUGGAAAGUCAUUGACCGAGGCAGAGUUCAAGGCCAUCGCUGCACUCGUACACGAUCGUAUGACCCAGGAUGUUUUGAACGUCAUCCCAGAUGAAAGGGUUGUUUUCAAGCAAGGAACGCCCGCUCCCUUGAAGACCGUCCAAUUGAUGGGCAGUGAUGAGGAGCGCAACCCGCGUGAGGCCCGCGAGCGAUUAAUCACUGCGAACAAGGAACUGGGACUGGCCCUGGCCGAGGACGAGAUCGAUUACCUGGUCGCAGCCUUCAUUGGCAGCAGCAAGCUGAGCUCCGAUAGCUGUCUGGCCCGCAACCCCACGGAUGUGGAGCUCUUUAUGUUUGCUCAGGUCAACUCGGAGCACUGUCGCCACAAGAUCUUUGGAGCUGACUGGACAAUCGAUGGCGAAAAGAAGCCCCACUCGCUCUUUGGCAUGAUCAAGAACACGCAUCAGCUUCACCCCCAGCAUACCCUCUCGGCUUAUUCCGAUAACGCGGCUGUCCUCCAGGGACCCAAGGGAACCCGGUUCGCGCCCCUGGCCGAGGACAAGUAUGCCUAUAACUUCUUUGAGGAAGAGGUCCACACCGUCGUCAAGGUCGAGACUCAUAACCAUCCUACUGCAGUUUCACCCUUCCCCGGAGCGGCCACUGGAUCAGGAGGAGAAAUCCGUGAUGAGGGAGCCACGGGUGUGGGAUCGAAGCCCAAGGCUGGAUUGACAGGAUUCACCGUCUCGAACUUGUUGAUCCCUGGACACAUUCAGCCCUGGGAGACCGAUUACGGAAAGCCUUCGCAUGUGGCCUCGGCGUUGGAUAUCAUGAUUCAAGGACCCCUUGGAGGAGCCGCCUUCAACAACGAAUUCGGUCGUCCCGCCAUCACUGGAUACUUCCGUACGUUCCUCGAGGCCGUCCCCAGCGUUAGCGGCAAAGACGAGAUCCGUGGAUUCCACAAGCCCAUUAUGCUCGCAGGAGGCCUCGGAACCAUUCGUCCCCAGCAUGUCCACAAGAACAAGAUCCAACCCGGAGCUCAUCUGGUAGUCCUCGGUGGCCCUUGUAUGUUGAUUGGCUUGGGAGGUGGUGCAGCCAGUUCGAUGACCUCGGGCGAGUCCUCGGCCGCGUUGGAUUUCGCAUCCGUUCAGCGUGAGAACCCAGAGAUGCAGCGUCGGUGCCAGCAAGUCAUUGAUACCUGCACGGCGCUUGGUGAGAAGAACCUGAUCCAGUCGAUUCACGAUGUCGGCGCUGGAGGACUCUGCAAUGCCUUACCUGAAAUUGUGCACGACUGCAACCUGGGAGCCGCGAUCGAGCUCCGUAAUAUUAACAACGACGACCCCAGCAUGUCACCCAUGGAGAUCUGGUGCAACGAGUCGCAAGAGCGUUAUGUCCUCGCUAUCGGACCCGAGAACAUUGAGCAGUUCAAGGCGAUCUGUGAGCGCGAGCGCUGUCCUUAUGCGUUGGCUGGUAUUGCCACCGCGGAGGAGAAAUUGGUGUUGACGGACAGUCUCCUGGGUACCACACCUAUUGACCUGCCCAUGUCGACCCUCUUUGGCAAGCCCCCCAAGAUGUCGCGUGCGACCUCGACGAUCGUGCCCCCUCGUGAGGCCUUUGAUACGUCCUUGAGGGCCUACUUGCCUUCGAUCACGGAGGCCGGGGCCCUCGCGACGGACGCUGUCCACCGCGUAUUGCGUCUUCCUGCUGUCGCCUCAAAGUCGUUCUUGAUCACCAUCGGAGACCGCACGAUUACGGGAUUGGUUGCUCGUGACCAGUUCGUUGGUCCCUGGCAGGUGCCUGUCGCCGAUGUCGCUGUCACGGCUACUUCGCUCGGUGUCUCAGUCGGAGAGGCAAUGGCCAUGGGAGAGCGUCCUCCUAUCGCUUUGAUCUCGGCGGCUGCUUCGGCUCGUAUGGCUGUUGGAGAGUGCAUCACCAACAUGGCUGCGGCUAACAUUCCUUCGCUUGGCCAGAUCCGUAUGUCUGCGAACUGGAUGGCAGCACCUGACCACGAGGGUGAGGGUGCUCGUUUGUAUGAGGCUGUUCAGGCUAUUGGUCUGGACUUGUGCCCGGCUUUGGGAGUCAGCAUUCCUGUCGGCAAGGAUUCAAUGUCGAUGAAGAUGAAGUGGAAGCAGGAUGGAGAGCAGUUGGAGGUCACGGCUCCGUUGGCCCUCAACAUUACCGGAUUCGGACCUGUGGCGGAUAUCCACAAGACACUCACACCCGAGUUGAUCACGGAUGUGGAGGAGAGCACCGUGUUGGUGUUGAUCGAUCUUGCGAACGGAAAGGAGCGUUUGGGAGGUUCGGCCCUGGCACAGGUUUAUAAGCAGAUCGGAAGUGAGGCGCCCGAUGUCGAGAGCGCUGAGGUCCUCAAGGCGUUCUUCCAGGCAAUUCAGGCGGUUCGUGAGCACGGCGACCUUGUCCUGGCGUACCAUGAUCGUUCGGAUGGUGGUCUGUUUGCGACGGUUGUGGAGAUGUGCUUUGCUGGACACGUUGGUGCCAAAGUCGAGCUCUCCUCGAUCACUUCGGAUGCCAUUGCUGGAUUGUUCAACGAAGAGUUGGGAGCUGUGAUCCAGGUGCGCCAGUCACAGGUUGAGCAACUCAAGGCUGUCUUUGCCGAGCACAACUUCCCGAUCGAGUCCCUGAAGACGAUUGGUACGGUUAACGCCAAGGGCGAUGACUCGUUCAUGGUGUCACACCAGGGACGUGUUGUUCUGGACAUGAACCGUGUGGAACUGCAGCGGAUCUGGACUGAGACCUCGUACCAUAUGCAAACGAUCCGUGACAACUAUGAAUGCGCGCAGCAGGAAUUCGAUGGUUUGCUUGAUGCUCAGGACCCGGGUCUGUCGUACCAGUUGACAUUCGACCCUGCGGAGGAGAUCUUGUCGAGCACAGAACUGGCUAUUGAGAAGGAGAACCGUCCGAAGGUUGCGAUCUUGCGCGAGCAAGGAGUCAACGGUCAGAUCGAGAUGGCAUAUGCAUUCCAUGCUGCGGGUUUCACGGCCGUGGAUGUGCACAUGUCUGAUAUCUUGAGCGGCAAGGUGACGCUGAAGGAUUUCAAGGGUAUUGCAGCCUGUGGUGGGUUCUCGUAUGGAGAUGUGUUGGGUGCCGGAUCUGGAUGGGCCAAAUCGAUCCUUCUGCACGAACAUUCGCGGAACGAGUUCUAUGAUUUCUUGACGGUCCGCAAGGAUACGUUUGCGUUGGGCGUGUGCAACGGAUGUCAGUUCCUGUCCCAGAUGCGUGAGCUGAUCCCUGGUGCUGAGCAUUGGCCAUACUUUAAGCGAAACCAGAGCGAGCAGUUCGAAGCACGCUUCAGUAUGGUCGAACUCGAGGAUAACUCCUCUACCUCUGCCGCGACCGUUCCCUCAGUCUUCUUUGACGGCAUGCGCGGAUCCAAGUUCCCAAUUGCGGUUGCGCACGGUGAGGGCCGAGCGGAAUUUGUGAAGUCGGAUGAUUUGGAGAAGUUGCAAGUUGCGGGAUUGAUUGCGGCGUCGUUUGUGGAUAACUAUGGAAAGAAAACGGAGCAGUACCCGUUGAACCCGAAUGGAUCGCCAUUGGGUGUUACGGCGGUGCAGACGCCAAAUGGCAGAGUGUUGGCGAUGAUGCCGCAUCCGGAGAGAGUGACGAGUCGGGAGGCAAACUCGUGGUACCCGCGUGUGGAGGGUGCACAAUGGGGGGAGAACGGGCCCUGGAUGAGGAUGUUUAAGAACGCACGCAAGUGGGUUAGCACUCAUUAAGAAGGAACGAAGAGGUUAUUUCAUUUUUUUCAUUUGCAUUUUCUUUUUUGGAAAGUAGAUCAUUCUUUCUACAUUAUUCGGUUUUCAUUUCUGGGAAAAUAAACUAUCAAGCAUACCAGGC